AGGGGGUGUGCACCGCUCGGUGUCAGUUUUCGGAAUCCCAGCGCGCACUGCUUGGCGCGGUGGGACCCAAACCCCGCUCCGUGCCCCGGCCCUCUCGCUGCCCUCCCGGCCCGGGCCGUUCGCGAUUCCCGUGGGCAGAGCUCCGCUCCAGAAGACUUUCUUUCCUCUUUGUUGCUCUACAAACCGGCCUCUCUGCAGCCCCUGACUCCUCCGGUAGUUGCAGCUCCAGCCGGGCCAUCUCCGUGCACAGCCCCGCCGGCCCCCUCACCCUGUCUGCGUUCGUUCGGGGAAGCCGACCUUGACUUCAUUGAUGCACCCAUUCCAGUGGUGUAACGGGUGUUUCUGUGGCCUGGGACUGGUUAGUAACAACAAGUCCUGCUCAAUGCCACCUAUCAGUUUCCAAGACCUUCCUCUCAACAUCUACAUGGUCAUCUUCGGCACAGGCAUCUUCGUCUUCAUGCUCAGCCUCAUCUUCUGCUGCUACUUCAUCAGUAAACUCCGGAACCAGGCACAGAGCGAGCGAUAUGGCUACAAGGAGGUGGUGCUUAAAGGUGAUGCUAAGAAGUUGCAGCUCUAUGGGCAGACCUGUGCAGUUUGUCUAGAAGACUUCAAGGGGAAGGAUGAGCUGGGUGUGCUUCCAUGCCAGCAUGCCUUUCACCGCAAGUGUCUGGUGAAGUGGCUAGAAGUCCGUUGUGUCUGCCCCAUGUGCAACAAGCCCAUCGCAGGCCCCACGGAGACCUCGCAGAGCAUCGGGAUCCUUUUGGACGAGCUGGUGUGAGUGCUCCUCGCACAUGGACCCUGGAGAAGACGGCUCACGUCAUGGGCACCUGGGUGGUAUCAUUCGAGCUCACUUAAAGGCAAGGGUGACAGGGCUGGGCUUCCACCAGAAUUGCCAGAACUGUGGGACUUGCCCAGACUCUGCCUCCCAGAGCUUCACUUCCUGUUUGUUACCUGCUUCUGGGGGACUCAUUCAGGCAGACUACUCUCUCCUGGUACUGGACUGACCAUCCACCUGCCUCAUCCUUGCCCUGGGAAGGAGUCAAACCCUGUGACUGUGAACAUAGACACUUCCCUUUGGAGAACAAGCGACUCUGACCUUGAGGAUGAAGUGGUUCUGGACCACCCACAUCUCUCAUUUCCUGCUGGAACCUUCCCCAUGGGAUGGUUUGAAGGGAAGGAAGGAAAGAUUGAGAACCCAAGAGGAAAGGCUCUCUAUGAAGCAAAGGAGAGGGCAGGGACCUAGAAAAGGGAAAAGUCGAUGUUUACAUGAGAUGUAGGAAAACAAAGGCCAACGUCUUCCUGGCACUGCAGGGUGAUGGGACCAAAGCCUCCCCUGUUAGGAUCAGAGGUGCUAUUUGUUCUCUUCCUGGCCCUGGUUAAUCUCAGAGAUUCCUAUGCCUUGUUGGUUUUGAAGAUACCCCAUUCUGUAGGAGGGGCCGUCUAAUCCUCAGCCCAUUUCCUGGGGCUUUUUUUUUUUUUUUUUUUUUUUUAGAAGCAUAAGGGCUCUGGCAUGUGGGGGUGUUGGGAGGUUACAGUAGGGCAGGUGUCUGCUUCCCCUCUGUAAAUAGUAUUUUUAUACUUCAUCUUCACCAUCUCAGGCUUUACACAUGUAGCCCCCAAGAUGGAGGGGGUGGAGUCUCCCUCUCCUCCCCCCCCAAGUGGCUGAGAAUGGGAAAAGGUUAUGUAUUUAAAGAAAA